AUGCAAGAAGAGGUAAAAAGAGGGUCCCAGGGACCCAAGUCGCAAUUCCAGACUGGCCACGAAGCUCCCGUUGAGCACCACAAGAAACCUGGUCUGCAGGAGGAGCUAGAAGAGAAGCCAGCAUCGUCUCAAAUACCAUCCGACGAUCAGGGUUAUCAAACCUACAAAGCCGCUGGGAAGUUGACCGGAAAAAAGGCCAUCAUCACUGGUGGUGACUCGGGAAUCGGUCGCGCCAUCGCUAUCCUAUUCGCCAUGGAAGGCGCAUCCAGCUUGAUCACCUACUUGCCCGAAGAGGAAAAGGAUGCCCAGGAGACGAAGAGACGUGUUGAGGAGAUAGGACAGGCCUGUCAUUGCCUUGCCACUGACUUGCGAGACAAGAAGAACUGCCAAAAUGUGGUUGACACGGCCCUCCAGAAACUGGGUGGCAUCGACAUCCUUGUCAAUAACGCCGGAACGCAGACAAUGAUUGAUGACAUUAAAGAUUUGGACGAAGCCCAAUGGGAGAGCACAUUCGACACUAAUAUCCAUUCCAUCUUCUACCUUUCCAAGUACACAUUGCCGCAUCUCAAGAGCGGCUCGACCAUUAUCAACUGCGCAUCGGUCAAUCACUACAUCGGACGUCCUGAUCUUCUGGACUAUACAUCGACCAAGGGUGCAAUUGUCGCUUUCACCAGGGCCCUGUCUAACCAGCAAGUCAAGAAGGGUAUUCGCGUUAACUGCGUGUGUCCUGGACCAAUUUGGACUCCUUUGAUCCCGGCAACUAUGAACACCGAAGCCAUGGAGCAGUUCAGUGGCACACCGAUGGGCCGUCCGGGACAACCUAGUGAGGUUGCGACAUGUUUCGUCUUCCUCGCUAGUCAGGAUAGUAGCUUUAUUUCCGGUCAAAGUCUACACCCCAAUGGAGGAGUUGUGGUCAAUGGAUAA